AGAGACAAACGUACAAUUUAUUAAGUCCUCAGCCACCGGCCCCAUUCCAUCUAACCCCAAGCCAUCAACCCCACCGCCACCCACCAUGGAGUACGGCCUCUUACAAGGGCCUCCCCCUCUCGUCGAGGCGGCGCCCCUGCUCGGCUACUGCGCUGCCACAGCGCUGCUGCUGCUCUGCUCCAAGGCUGCCCCGCCAUUUGAUGACAGCGUCCAUGGACAGAGGCGCCAGUUUGAUGCGAGGCGUGCGUUGAUUAACUUGUUGCAUACGCGUCCUGGAGAAAAGCGGGAAAGUGUCUUCCCCAAUCCUCCCAAACUCCUCCGCCGGCGCCUCUUUGUGGCAAAGUGUGUGACUGUGUCUGUGUGUGUCUAUGUGUGUGUGAGCCAUAAUUAUUUGCGUAUUGUGGGGCGUCAAGUGAACUUGCGGUUAGGUGGGUCAGUGGAAGAGACAGGGCCAAAGAAUGCCGAGGGCAUACACAAGAAGAAAAUAUAAUUCACAAUAAAAAAUAAAAAUUAACAAAAAAAAUGAAGAUAAUACUUAUGACUGAUAUUUUGCCUUUAAAAAUUAAAGUAAAAAAGUAAUCACUUCCAUUUGGUUUAAAUAUAAAAUAUCCAUCCUGCAGAGGCUCUAACCUGUAACUAAAAAGUUAAUCAAAUCAGGAUAUAAUUGAGUUACCCUCGUAACAAAGUAGUUCCUGUAGACACCUGACAGUGACUGGCUGGCAGGAGUGGUGGCCAGUAUUUUGCGGUGUGGUGAUGACACUGAAGGGUCGCCCCCAAAGCAGAAGACAUACCUGCAACAACAAGCCCGCGUGCUAUCGCUAAUCGAUGGCCGGCCAUCAAGAACGGCGCUAAGCAAAUAAGCAACAGGAGGUGCCUUUGGGGUUGGCCCGAGCUUGUGGCUUGGAUUUGAGACUCGCGGACACCGCGACACCCGAGUGGAGACGUUGCUGCCCCAAUCGCAGUCUCGCUGCCGCAAUCGCAGUCGCUGCCGCCGUCACUGUCGCUGUCGACGCCCACGCAACGCUCAACAAUAAGGCUAGAAAUAAAUAAACAGUUUUUAGUUGCUGUCGGCGAUUCCUGAGGAGAGGAUCGACUUUUGGGUGAAAUGUUGGCCGCCCAGGAGAACCGCUUUCAGUAUGUGUACUUCAUGCUCUCCGGCCUGGUGGCCACCGCCAUGCUCAUCCUGGUCUACAUCUCCAUGAGCUCGAGCCUUAAUGAACGACUGCGUGAGGACUUGGCCAAAACCCAGCGCCAGCUCCCCUUUGAGAAACCAAAUCCUCACUGGGACUACUCCAAUAGUUGGCGCAGGAUUGGAAACGCCUCCCUCCGGCAUGAGAUCUACUCGGCCUACUUUGAUGUCAGGACGGAUAUUGUAGGAAGUGUUCGCUUGGAUGAGGAACAAAUCACCAUAGGAUCCUUGCGCAUUUUCGCUGUGCUGCCGGAGCGCCUUCGUGACUACUCCUUGAGCUGCAUUGUGCGCUUUGCGGACUUCACCAGCCAGGAGAUCGUGGCUGAGGAGGCGGGAGCCAUGCACGAGGUUCACAACAACACCUUCGCCGCCUGGAGCAUCAUGUGUCCACUGCAUGCCUCCCGUCGGGAUCCACUGCGUCUGCCCCAGGCUGUGGCGCUGACCUACUCCUCCAAUAGAUUGAGUCACCUCAGUCCCACCUUUGUGCAGAUCAGUUACCCCCGCAACAUGACGGAUCUGUUUUCUAAAUCCCGACCCACCAUCUCCGUUUGUGUGGGUCCUGUCCAGGACAACUACUCCAAUGUGCUGCGUCUGGUGGAGUUCGUGGAGAUGUAUCGGCUGCAGGGCGCCAGCCACUUCUACUUCUACUAUUUGGAGGCCAGCGAGGAUGUGCGUCGUGUCCUGGAGUACUACCACCGCAAGGGACUGGCCGACGUGUUCGAAUGGAAUGUGGGUGCCCAUCUCCAGGAUCUGCACUAUGCCGGCAUUGUGGCGCAAUUUAAUGACUGCGUCUACCGGGCGAACGUGGUGGACAACUACCGGUAUGCGGCAGUGGUGGACCUGGACGAAGUGAUGAUGCCGCUGAAGCACAACUCCCUCGCGGACUAUCUGCGCCAGUGCGAUGAGGGUCGAACUGCCGGCUUCGUCUUCCGGAACGUCUUCUUCCAUCGCCGGGACAGCAACGACACCUUCAACGCCCCCGCCCACGUCCUCAACCGUCUGCUCUACACUCAGUCGAAGGUGAAGCGCACCCUGGAGGUCAUGCCCGCCCACGUCCGCAGCAAGGUGGUGGUUAAUGCCCGGGCCAUUGUGGAGAUGGGCAACCAUCAGGUCUACCGUUCCGCACCCGGGUAUGCGGACCACGUGGUCCAUCCGACGGUGGGUCUGUUGUUCCACUACCGCGACAAAUGCAUCAACUGCAAAAUGGUUCUGAUCGUGGACUACACGGCCCGGAGAUUCGGUUCGCUGCUCUUCGAUCGUGUGGACAACACGUGCCUGGAGGUCUUCAUGGAUCGCCGGGGCAUCUGUGAGCUGGCGUAGCCUCCAUCUGUUUCUGUUUAUGGGGUAUCUGUAUCUCUAUCUCUGCCUCGAGGGUGACGCCCCCAAAAAACAUAAUAACCAACACAGAGAUCUCUUCUUCAGUUGAGUGCGUGGCCUUUGCCCGACGACAUGCUGAAGUUCUGCUCGCUGCGAAAAUCCAAGGAGCCGGCGGAUCCUGCCACUCCGGCUCCGAAAGUGACCAAGAGUGUACGACAAAUUAGCCUAAGUCCUAAUCUAGCUAGCUGUUCCUCUCUAAGUGUUAUGCCGUAAUAAAUUGUGCUUUAAGUGACUUGUGAUGUAA